AUGAGGUGGACAAGAGAACAGCGUGCAUUUGCAGUGGAAGCGUAUUUUUCGAGCAAUUCAUUUGUAGCGGUGCAACGAGCGUUCCGUGUCCGCUUUGGGAUUCAGCCCAGGGGUUCAGUUCCCGACCGUAAGUCAAUUCUUUUGUGGGUAGAGAACUUCAGAACAACCGGAAAUGUGAUCAAAAAAGGCCCGGGACGACAAAAGACCGUUACAACGCCAGAUAAUGUUGAGGCAGUUCGACAGUCCAUUCUGAGAUCUCCAAGGCGCUCUGCUCGCAAGCAUGCGGCAGCCCUAGGAAUAUCUAACCGAUCAAUGCGUCGAAUACUUCACAAAGAGCUUCACUUUCAUCCAUACAAAAUGGUUGUUGUGCAAGAACUGUUACCCCGUGAUUUUCAUAACCGCGUAACGGCAUGCGAAACUUUAUUGGAAGAUUUACCCCAUGACGCACUGGUUUUCUUUAGUGAUGCAGCACAUUUUCACCUAUCCGGCUGCGUCAAUAAGCAAAAUAUGCGCUAUUGGAGUGACAAUAACCCUCGGGAACUUCAUGAGAGGCCCCUGCACAGUGAUAGAGUGACAGUCUGGUGCGCGAUGUCUAGAAAUGGGAUUAUUGGUCCUUUUUUCUUCGAGGAUGAUAAUGGAGGAGCAGUUACCGUCAAUUCACAGCGGUAUGUGAACAUGUUGCAAACUUUUUUUGCACCACGUCUUGAAGAAAUGGAACGAGAAAAUGUGUGGUUUCAACAGGAUGGUGCAACCGCCCACACAUCCCGUGCUUGUAUGGAAGUUUUAAGGGCAAUGUUCCCCGGGCGACUCAUCUCUCUUCGGGGUGACAUCACCUGGCCAGCGCGCUCGCCUGAUAUAGCCCCCUGCGAUUUUUUUUUGUGGGGAUAUCUAAAAGCGGAGGUUUUUAAACAUCGCCCCACAACCCUUCUGCAGCUAAAAAAUUGUAUUCGGCAAGAAAUAGCUCAAAUUCCACUAGCUAUGUUGGAACGUGUAAUGGGAAGCUUUCAAAAUCGAGUACAACAAUGCAUAGAUAAUGGAGGGCACCAUCUUCAAAACGUUUUGUUUAAAACAAUAUGA